UCUUGGGCUCUGGUGCAGUCCCCUCGGGGGCAUCCCCUGUGUGCGGCCCCCACAAAAUGGCUGUUCUAAUCGCCACCCACGCUCCCUUGUGUUUUAGCAUUUUGGCGCCCUGCUCCUGCACCAUGAAAAUCCUGCUUUGUGAUCUCCUGCUGCUCAGCCUCUUCUCCAGCGUGUCCGGCAGCUGCCAGAAGGACUGCCUGACCUGCCGGGAGAAGCUCCGCCCAGCUCUCGACCCCUUCAACCUUGAGGUGUGCAUCCUUGAGUGUGAAGGGAAGGUCUUCAGCAGCCCUCUCUGGACUCCGUGCACCAAGGUCAUGACCAGGGGCUCCUGGCAGCUCAGCCCUGCUGACCCAGAGCACGUGGCAGCUGCCCUUUACCAGCCCAGCGCCUCUGAGAUGCAACUGAAGCGCAUGCCUCGCAUCAGGAGCCUAAUCCAAGCCCAGAAAGGGACAGAGCCCGGCAUGGAUGAGGCUGGAGAGAUGGAGCAGAAGCAGCUGCAGAAGAGGUUCGGGGGCUUCACCGGGGCCCGCAAGUCAGCCCGGAAGUUGGCCAACCAGAAGCGGUUCAGUGAGUUUAUGAGGCAGUACCUGGUCCUGAGCAUGCAGUCCAGCCAGCGCCGGCGCACCCUGCAUCAGAAUGGUAAUGUGUAGCCGGAAGGGGAGCCCCCCCCCAGCUGCACCGUCCACUUCAACCCAUGAGUGAGUUGGGCACGAAUGAGCUGGGGGUGAAAAGAAACCUUAUAUACCCAACUGUCUUAGCCUUCCUCCU